ACUCAUAGACAAUAACAAAUCCCUUGCACAAUAAGCAGAAAAAUGUUCUGAUACAUUAUUUCAAGUUGCAGAAAAAGUAACAGAACUGAAUUUAGACGAAGUAAGCAUAUCAAUGAGCAAUCAGUGUGAUCCUGAAAUGAAAGAACUUGAUGCUAGUGGUAAUUCAGAUUCAGAGGUCGACACAGAAGGAAAAUGUUGUGAUAGAUGAUCGAAAGAAACUUUCUCCCUUCAAUAUUGGAACUUUUUAUGGCUUUCCAACAAGGAAUCAGCUUGAAAAUAUAAUACAAGCUGGCCCAGCUCCAUUACCAAAACAGACCCAAAGAGAUAUUGAUGGCCAACAAUUUCUGCUUUCUGCUCUGCACUGCAACCAUUAGAAUGAGGAAAAGUGAAAGAAAACUGCAGGUGUUUAGUCAAUUCAAGGAAUUGCCAUUAAAUAUAGUGACCUAUGCAAUCAAUAUUAGCUACAACCAGUUGUUUGGACAAGAAUGCAAAGUGGAAGUAGUUAUGGGUGACUGUUCCAAGAUAUGAAAAAAGCUCACCACACAGAGAGUGCUAUCUCUCUUGACAGGGGCUUCAGACACACCUGCAAAUGAAUGCUGGGGUAGAUGUGAUGGUUGAAGAGAGAAGUUUGUCUAAGAUUGAAGAAUCUUCACAGCAGAAUAAUCAUUGUGACAAUAUUUCUUGGAAAGAGUGUUCUUAUGGUUCAAUGCUCCAAAUUGGAGGUGUUUACAAUGGAUUUUUUUCAAAAUCUUGGAACUGUUACUCAUUAUGUUCCAUUUAUUCAAGAACAGAUUUAGAAAGUGAAGACCUCUUAGCCAAAUGGUGAAUGGCUGCAAGCACAUAACCUUUCCCCACAGUCAGGAAAUGGGUUUAUUUAGGCUUUUACUGCAAGAGUCAGGGGUUGUGUUUUGAAAGAAGGCAAAAAUGAAAAACAUUUUCCCAUUACAGUGGAUGAGAUUCCUUAUUCAAGCCACACAGAACAAACAACAUUCAUUCUCUGGUACAUAAACAGAGAAAGAGACAUUUUCUGUAACAACACUGGAGUGGGAAUUGCUUAUGAUAUACCAAUUGCUGAUUGUCAAGGGCAAGGGUAGACCAAUAAGUCUGGCAUGGUGCUCAAUCUCACAUCAGUUUCAUCAAUCCCCUCAAUCUUUAUGGAGCAGACUCUGCAAUGACAUGUAUGGAAGCUGUAACCUUUUUGUGAAUGAUGCACUCCUUCUACAAUCUCUUCUCCUGCAGCCCCGAGCAAUAGAGGACUUUGCAAAGCAACAUUGGCUCCUCAUUGCAUGGUUUGUCUGAACAAGGGUGAAUAGUACUUUGACGUUUUUUGAAAUGUCCAAAUAUCCUUGUGAUUCAGGACAGGGGCAAAGGCCACCUCCAUACUCCUACCAGCAGCAACAACCAAUGCAACCAGGUGUCGUGCCAUAUACAUCAUAUCCGUAUUCAAUACCUCCAUGCCAAUCUCCAUACCAACAGGCCCCAUACCAAUCUUAUCCAUAUCAACAGCCCCCAUAUCAACAUUCCCAAUAUCAAACUCCUCCACUUCGAUCACCUUCAUAUCAGCUGCCCCCACAUCAACAGCCCUCGUAUCAACAGCCUCCAUAUCAACCGCCCCCGUAUCAAGAGCAUCCAUACCAACCAUCUAUAUAUGCACAUGGUGCAUAUCCUGAAGCAUCUAUUGGACAGGCCAAUGUAAACCUGAUAGAGAACCCUAACUUUGUUGCGCAAAAUUGGAACCAUAAUGGUGAUACAGUUGACAUGAGAAAGGAACCUUGGGAACUAAUCGAGACUGGUGGAGAUGGGUGGAGGCUUGAAAAGACCCCUCAAGGAAGCAAGGUCGGCAAGUGCCCCGCAGAGGCCGGGCCACUCGCACAUUGUGUGGUUGGGUCUUUCGGUUGGUGUAAAAGGUCACAGACAAUAGAUCUUCUCCAAAAGGGUUUUUCACCUGAAGUAAUGGAUUACCAGAAGCCACCUAUCAGAGCAUGCGAAUGGUUCGUUGCCCGGAGUGACUGUGACAGCGAGUAUUACAUGAAUGUUACUCUUCUGGAUCAACAGAAGAAAGCGCUGGAUACCUUCAAGUCUGAGGUUCGCCCUGCUGGUUCGUCUGAUUGGCAAAAGGUGGAACACGUCUUUCGUAAUUACCCGUCUGGUGUCAGAUUCAUUAAGUUUGAAGACGGAACAAAGGAUAAGAAAUUCUGGGCUGGUCAUUUCAGUGCGAAGAUGUGCCAACCAACCAUUCUGAUUGAGCUUGGUCCGCAUCCCUCUGCACCAGGCAUGGCUAGGCCUGUUUUUCCUUCAUCCAAUGCUGUGCAGCAUCAGAGCCAGCCCUUUGGUAAAAAAGCAAUGAAUCUUCUGAAGAAUCCAAGUUUCAUUCCACUCACAUGGGCAGGCAGUACAAGCAGUAAAAUUGAUUUUAAACCUUGGCAGAUUGAAAAGAACCAAGGCGGCUUUGUUCUGGAGAAGAAGCCAUCAGGUGCAACAAAUUCAUCUUUUCCUGAUGAGUUGCUGGAAUUUGAAGUCUGGUGCAUUGCAACGUCAAAUGCCUUGAGCCAAAGAAGUCAACUGAUUGAUCUUGCCCAAAAUGGUUACACUGCCCAGGUUCUAGACACUCAGCGACCGCCUAUAAAGAUAUAUGAAUGGUUCACUUCACGGACCGACUGUCAAGGCGAGUACUUCAUGAAGGUUUCGCUCCUUGACGAAAGAAGAAUGGAGAUCCCUGGGUGCGUUUAUGAGACAGGAAUGAAGAAAGCCCCUGUCGGUUACUGGGCAAAAGAAGAGCACAUUUUUAUGAACAUUCCACCAGGUGUGCGAUUUGUGAAGUUCAGUGAUGGAGGCAAUGAUUGCAAAAACUGGGCCGGAUUUUAUGGUGCGAAGAUGGUCGGAGCAUUUGUCGGCGUGCUUUUAAGCUCACCGUCGGAUCCACUUCCAAGUGCCCCUCCUCAACGUGAAGAACCAAGAAACUUGCUCGAAAAUGCGGAUCUGCGUGCGAAGAAUGGCUGGGAUGGCAACAAUUGUAACCAAAUUGACUUCUAUCCUUGGGAAGUUUUGGAGAAUGGUGGAGAUGGUGUUCAGCUUGAGAAGUCUCCGAAUGGUACUGAUGUGGGACUGUACCCAAAAAGAACUGGGUGUGAGCAACACUGUAUUGCAACGUCACAUGGCUGGUUUAAAAGAAGGCAAACAAUCGACCUUUUAAAAAAUGGAAUUGUCCCUCAUUUUUAUGACAAUCCGGAUUUAAAGAUUUAUGUUUGUGAAUGGUUUGCAUCUCGCACUGAUAACGAGGGUGAAUACUUCUUGACCGUAUCUCUUCUUGACGAGAACAAGCAAGAAAUCCCAGGGUAUACUUACAACAGUGGAACCAGCAGGGCUUACUAUGAUGAAUGGGAGAAGAUUGAGUACACUUUUUAUCCUGUCCCUGAGACUGCCCGUUUUGUCCGAUUUGAAGAUGGAGGGAAGGAUGUAAAAGUUUGGGCUGGACAGUACGGUGUAAAGAUGUUUGGGGCUUCUGUUUAUGCUGGAAAAAAAUCAGACGACGAAAAAGAAAACUGUGUAGUAAUGUAGACAGCUUUUCGAUUUUAUCAAUUCCAAAUUUGGUCCUAAUCGAAUUUGGUAUAAAUUAUAUUUGUAUUACCUAAAUUUGCAAAAGUAUUUGAAGUUUACUAUGCAAUGAAAGCCGUAAAAAUCGUGAAAGUGCAUCAGGAAGCUUUGGGCUUUUUUAGCCGAAAUCCAAUCGAGCUGAAAACCUUUCUUCAAUUACCUUGAAAUCGUUUGAUCAUUUGAUAAAAUCCCUUAUUCUUGUAAUAUUCUGGAUAUAAAGAAAUUUUGCGCUGAAACACGCUGUUUUGCUCAGAUUCACAGCGAUCCUAGCAAUAUUCGCUACAGUUUGGUGGCGUUCUAAUUCUUAUUAAUUCUGUACCAUAGCAGUGUGUUGUUUGUAGGUAGAACUCACUAUAUUUUAGCAUGCUCUCAAUCGAGUUGGUAUCUAAUGAUAUUAUACUGUUUAAGAGUAUUGUUAGUACAAAUUUUCAAAUACUUUUUAACAUAUUAUAGCUAAUAAGAGAAAGAGUAUUUAUAUUCUAUUUUCUAUUGAUUGCUGUUGCCAGA